AUGUCGUCCUCCAAGGGCCUUUUGCGACAUAUCUCCCAGCAGCAACGCCUGUGGAGCAGCUGUAGCCCACUAUCGGUGAUUACACGGCAAACGGCAACUCCAGCUGUAUCUGCGGUUGUUCCCCAGGGAAUCUUCAACGGCAACGUCUUUUCGAGAGGUCUUGCUUCACUUGUAAACGGUCAAACGAAGCCGUUAAACAGUCGCCGAGAUAAUGGACGGCCUAUGCCGAUCGGGAUCCGGAGUCUUGUCCCCAAGAUCUCUGAUCGAGCUUGUUCCGCUCACGCCAGACUCGCCCGCAACGAAACAAUGACUGACCGCGAUGUUCUCCCCGAAAAUGUCAAGCCCAAGCACUACCAGUUGUCCUUGAAGGACCUCGAGUUCACCAACUGGACUUACAAGGGUACUGUCACUAUCGACUCUGAAAUCACCAAGCCUACCAAAGAAAUCAUCGUAAACACUCUCGAACUCAAGCUCUCUCACGUCAAGGUCUCCGUCGACUCCAAGUCGGUUGAAUCUACAAACUUCAGUUAUGACGCCAAGGCUCAGCGCUCUACAAUCACCUUUGAUGAGGAGCUCCCUACCUCUUCCAAGGCUGCCAUCACUAUAGAAUUCGAGGGUAUCAUCAACAAUGACAUGGCUGGUUUCUACCGCAGCAAGUACAAGCCUGCUGCGACUCCUGCUGCUUCGGUCCCUAACGACGGCGAAACGUACUACAUGUUCAGCACCCAAUUCGAGGCUUGCGAUGCUCGUCGAGCAUUCCCUUGCUUUGAUGAGCCCAACCUGAAGGCCACUUUUGACUUCGAAAUCGAGAUUCCUUCCGACCAGGUUGCUCUGAGCAACAUGCCCGUCAAGGAGACUCGACCUUCCAAGGAUGGCUGGAACAUUGUAUCAUUCGAGACCUCUCCCGUCAUGAGCACCUACCUUUUGGCCUGGUGUGUUGGUGACUUUGAGUACAUCGAGGCUUUCACUGACCGCAAGUACAACGGCAAGCAGAUCCCUGUCCGUGUCUACACUACCCGUGGCUUGAAGGAGCAGGGUCAAUGGGCUCUCCAGCACGCCCCUAAGAUCAUUGACUUCUUCUCCGAGAUCUUCGACAUCGACUACCCUCUGCCCAAGUCUGACUUGAUUGCCGUCCACGAGUUCACUCAUGGCGCCAUGGAGAACUGGGGUCUCGUUACCUACCGUACUACCCAGGUUCUUUACGACGAGAAGACCUCAGACCCUCGAUUCAAGAACGCCGUUGCCUAUGUCGUUGCCCACGAGCUGGCUCAUCAGUGGUUUGGCAACCUUGUCACUAUGGACUGGUGGGAUGAGCUCUGGCUCAACGAGGGCUUCGCUACCUGGGUCGGCUGGCACGCUGUUGAUCACCUGCACCCCGACUGGCAGGUCUGGGCUCAGUUUGUCAACGAGGGUAUGGAGGCUGCUUUCCGCCUUGAUGGUAUUCGCGCCAGUCAUCCCAUCCACGUCCCUGUCCGCGAUGCUCUCGACGUCAACCAGAUUUUCGACUCCAUCAGCUACCUCAAGGGUUGCUCCGCCAUUCGCAUGCUUGCCAACCAUCUCGGUGUUGAGACUUUCCUCAAGGGUGUGUCCAACUACCUGAAGGCUCACGCCUACGGAAACGCCAAGACCACUGCCCUGUGGAACGCUCUAGGUGAGGCUUCAGGCAAGAACGUCACUGAGCUCAUGCACCCCUGGAUCUCCAAGAUCGGCCACCCUGUCCUCACUGUCGCCGAGGAGCCUGGUCAAAUCUCCAUCAAGCAGUCCCGCUUCCUGUCGACUGGUGAUGUCAAGCCUGAGGAUGACACCACCACUUGGUGGGUUCCCCUUGGCCUUGAGGGUAAGAAGGACCACGCUGGUGUUGCCUCUCUAUCUCUUACCAGCAAGGAGGAUACUAUCCGUGAUGUUGAUGAGGACUUCUACAAACUUAACAGUGGAGCCACUGGCUUCUACCGUGUCAAUUACCCCCCUGAGCGUCUUGCCAAGCUGAGCACCCAGCUCGACAAACUUAGCACCGAGGACAAGAUCUCUAUCAUCGGUUCUACCGCUGACCUUGCCUUUGCGGGCAACGGUACCACUCCUGCUCUGCUGACCUUCCUCGAGGGUUUCGGGAAGGAAACCCACACUCUUGUUUGGCGCCAGGUUCUCGACUCCAUUGGUGGCGUUAAGUCCGUCUUUGGAGAGGAUGAGUCGAUCAAGAAGGCCUUGGACAACUUUACCCUGAAGCUCAUUGACCAGAAGGUCAAGGAAGUUGGUUGGGAGUUCCAUCCUGAUGAGGACUACCUCACUGGCAUUCUGCGAAAGGAGAUGAUCGGUGUUGCUGUUGCCAGCGGCCAUCCUGCUGUUACUGAAGAGGCCCUGAAGCGUUUCAACGCUUGGGUUGAGGACCCUGAGGCUAACCCCAUCCCUGCUCCUCUCCGUGUUGCUGUCUGGCGCGCCGCUAUCAUCAAGGAGCCGGCCCGCACUGUCGAAAUCCUCAAGAAGGAGUGGUUCAACACCAAAUCUAUCGACGGCAAGCUUCUUUCUCUUAGCGUUCUUGGUACUGCCAAGGAUGCCGAGCUGCUCUCCAAGGACAUCAUUCCCUUCAACUUCAACCAGUCUCCUCCUUCCAACGCCGUUCCUGCCGGAGACAUGCACGUCCUCGGUGGAUCUGUGGCUAACAACGUUGUCGGCCGUCCUGUGCAAUGGCAGUUCAUGAAGGACAACUGGGAUGCCGUCAUUACUAAGCUCGGCAACCCUGUUGUUGUCGACCGAUACAUGAACCUCAGUCUGAGCCGCUUCACUGACGUGGCCGUUGUCGAGGACAUUGAGAAGUUCAUGGCCGACAAGGAUACCAGCAGCUUCAACCGCACUCUUGGCACUGUCAAGGACAAGAUCCGCGGACGUGCUGCUUACCGUGAACGUGACUCCGAGAAGCUCAAGGAGUGGCUCAGCGCUCACGGAUAUGCGUGA